AUUAUGCAACUACACAGUUUCACUUUGAGGAAUUAAUGCAAUGCCUUUUGCAAAAUCCGAUACAACUAGACUACAAUAGUGCUCGUAAAAACUGCUCUUUGGUAAGACUGUCUGUCCCAAUGUAGAAACGACGUCGAAAAGGUAAUGAAAACUCCAUUAUAAACGCGAAAUGGAGGCUCAAAAAUCUUCCAAGGCGUUUAUUUAAGUACACAAAUAGAGAACUUUCUCUCGAGGAGAAUGGCGUGCUGCAAAAUCUGAUGCAACUACACUAAGUUAGUGCUCGUAAACGCACGAGACCACUAUUUAUAAUAUUUUGGUAAGCUGUCUUUCCUAUGUGUGUAGAAAAGACAUCGAAAGGAUCUUAAAACUCCAUUGAUUAACGCAAAAAGGGACUGCUCAUACAUCUCCCAAGAUGUGACUUGAGUACACAACAACAAACAUUAGGAUUAAUUGUACGGCUCUCUUCUCCAAAACGACAAGUGAAGACCGUCUCAGACCGGAUGCAAAUUGUGAACUUAGAAAAAACGGGUCAAAGCUACUUUACUUUAAAUAAAAAAGAAAGCAAGUUUUCAAGUUGGGAUGCAGGCAAGCAGCGAAGCAAAAAACACACAGCUAGGAAGCAACCAAGCAAUCAAUAACGGUGUGAAUACAAGUACUAUCACGGGCAACAAACAUCGACAAGGAACAGAAUAUUUGCUAAAAACUAAUGUGCCGCGUUCACUCCACAUCAACAAUAUUUGAGCAAAAUAUAAAAAUUUCUCACUGCCUUCGCUGAUUCUUAAAAACUCCUAAAUGGCAGAAGGGAUUACUGACAGCAGUGAUGACGAAUUUCACAAAACACUAUUUGACGCUAUUGAGAAUGGAAAAGAAGAAUUGGUAGAAAAACUAUUCGAAUGUGGUGCUGAUGUCAAUGCUAAAAAUAAAGAUGGCGAAACUGUUUUGUUUUAUGCUGUACAGAAAGAAAGUGAAAAAGUGGUCGAAAAACUAAUCCAGUGUGGUGCUGAUGUCAAUGCAACCGAUGAAGAUGGCGAAACUGCUUUGUUUUAUGCUGUGGAGAAAGAAAAUGAAAAAAUGGUUGAAAAACUAAUCCAGAGUGGUGCUGAUGUCAAAGCUACCGAUGAAGAUGGCAGAACCGCUUUGUUUUAUGCUGUAGAGAAAGAGAAUGAAAAAAUGGUGGAAAAAUUAAUCGAGUCUGGUGCUGAUAUUAAUGCAGUCGAUGAAUAUGGCGAAACUGCUUUGUUUCAUGCUGUAGAGAAAGGAAAUGAAAAAAUGGUCGAAAAGUUAAUCCAGUGUGAGUGUGGUGCUGAUGUGAAUGCUACCAAUAAAGAUGGCAAAACUGCUUUGUUUCAUGCUGUAGAGAAAGGAAAUGAAAAAAUGGUCGAAAAGUUAAUCCAGUGUGCUGAUGAUGUCAAUGCAGCUGAGGGAUAUGGCAUAACUAAUUUGUUUUAUGCUGUACUGAAAGAAAAAGAAACAAUAGUGGAAAAAUUAAUCGAGUGUGCUGCUGAUGUCAAUGCAGCUGAUGAAGAUGGCGAAACUGCUUUGUUCUAUGCUGUAGUCCAACAAAAUGAAAAAGUGGUUGAAAAACUAAUCCAGUGUGGUGCUGAUGUCAAUGCUAUUAAUAAAGAUGGCGCAACUGCUUUGGUUUGUGCUGUAGUGAAAGAAAAUGAAAAAAUGGUCGAAAAGCUAAUCCAGUGUGGUGCUGAUGUCAAUGCUACCGAUAAAGAUGGCAACAGUGCUUUCUUUUAUGCUGUAUGGACUAAGAAUGAAAAAAUGGUCGAGAAACUAAUUGAGCGUGUAGCUGAUAUCAAUGCCACUGAUAAAUUUGGUACCACUGCUUUGUUUUAUGCUGUAUGGAAUGAGAAUGGAAAAAUGGUCGAUAAUCUAAUCCAGUUUGGUGCCGAUGUUAAUGCUACCAAUAAAGAUGGCAAAACUGCUUUGUUUUGUGCUGUAAAGAAAGAAAGUGAAAAAAUGUUUGUAAAAUUAAUCCAGUGUGAUGCUGAUGUUAAUACUACCAAUAAAGAUGGUCAAACUGCUUUGUUUUCCGCUGUAAAGAAAGAAAGUGAAAGAAUGGUUGAAAAAUUGAUGAAGUCUGGUGCUGAUAUCAAUACCACAGAUAAAGAUAACAACACUGUUUUGUUACUUGCCGUAAAGAAAGAAAAUGAAAAAAUUGUCCAAAAAUUAAUCAAGUCCGGUGCUGAUAUCAACGCAAAAAAUAAAGAUGGCAAAACUGCUUUGUUUUAUGCUGUACAGAGAGAAAGUGAAAAAAUGGUUGAAAAAUUAAUAGAAUGCAGUGCUAACAUCAAUGCUACUGAUAAAGUUGGUAGAACUGCAUUGUUUUAUGCUGUAAAGAAAAAAAAUGGUAAAAUUGUCCAAAAAUUAAGCGAUUGUGGUGCUGAUGUCAACUCAACCAAUGAAGWUGGCAAAACUGUUCUGUUUUAUGCUGUUCAACAAAGUUACUAUCAUGAAAGUGUUGUUCGUACAUUGAUUGAUGCUGGUGCUGAUGUCAACAGAACUGAUAAUGAGGGGAAAACUGCUUUGUUUUAUGCUGUUCAACAAAGUAACAAUGAAAGUGUGGUUCGUGCAUUGAUUGCUGCUGGUGCUGAUGUCAACAUAACUGAUAAUGAAGGGAAAACUGCUUUGUUUUAUGCUGUUCAACAAAAUAACAAUAAAAGUGUGGUUCGUGCAUUGAUUGAUGCUGAUGUCAACAAAACUAAUGAUGAGGGGAAAACGGCUUUGUUUUAUGCUGUUCAACAAAGCAACAAUGAAAGUGUGGUUCAUGAAUUGAUUGAUGCUGAUGUCAACAAAACUAAUGAUGAGGGGAAAACGGCUUUGUUUUAUGCUGUUCAACAAAUUUAUAAUAAAAAUGUCGUUCGUGCAUUGAACGAUGCAGGAGCUUAUGUCAACGUUGCUGAUAAUGAAGGGAAAACUGCUUUGUUUUUCGUAAACAGAUGUCAUGAAGCCUGUCUCAUGGCACGCAUACUGAUAGAGUAUGGAGGUGCUCAAGUGGAUGUGAGAGAUCGUUAUGGCAGAACGCCACUGUUCUACGCUAUGACACAAUCACUUUCCCUAGCGAGGUAUUUGCUUGACAAAGGAGCCACUUUACAUCUCACUGAGAAUUGCAGUGUUUUGACAUUUUUUGUUGAAAACUGUAUCUUCAAUUUAUCACAAAGAACUUCAAACCUGCAAGAUGGACUCCAUCUCCUGUCCGACUGCAAAGAGGUGGAAAGAAACACUAUUUUGGGAGCUAUAGCAAGUGUUGCAUUUUGUAAAACGCUGUACUUCAAGCCUGGUUCUUGUGAUAUCAACGUAUAUUUUCUUUCUAAGCUAAUGAAUUUAGCAAAUGAAAAUGCGUCAAACUUUAAGCUUUUUAAAGUCAAUUUUCCUGUGGGAAAAAUUAAAACCAUAAGUGAGAUCUCCACAAUGAUCCGUGAAGAAAUCCGCGAUAAACGACUGAUUGAGUCCGGAUCAGCACUCGAGGUGACUCGACGUCUUAUCAAAUUGGGUGCCAACCCUAACACCACAGAUUCAGAUGGCAACACUGCUCUUCACCAUGCAACUCAACUAGCAUUUCAUGGUGUAACACAAGAAACUGUCAUGGAAAUAUGUCAACAACUAGUCGAGAAGUUUAAUGCAUCGUUCCACAUAAGGAAUCACCAAAACGAAACGCCACUUUUAUAUUGUUUAUCCAAGACCAUCGAGAAGAUGUCCAAAGAGGAAGAAUGUUGGCCAGCCGCCAAGACACAAGCAGCUGUCUGUCGGUUCCUUGUAGAGCAUGGAUCCAGUGUUGAAGCAAGAAAUAGAAGCGGAGAGAAUGUCUUGCAGUUAACCAUAAAACUUCUUCACCACGGAUUUUUCAAACGUAGUAGCGAAUUAAGAAAAGACAUUUCUGAUAUGGCCCUAGAGCUCCUGGAAAUAAUUGCAAUUUCCAACCCAAACACCACAGAUUCAGAUGGAAACACCUGUCUUCAUCAUGCAACUCAACUAGCAUUUUAUGGUGUAACACAAGAAACUAUCAUGGAAAUAUAUCAGCAACUAGUCGAGAGGUUUAAUGCAUCGUUCCACAUAAGGAAUCACCAAAACGAAACGCCACUUUUAUAUUGUUUAUCCAAGACCAUCGAGAAGGUCUUCAGAGAGGAAGAAACUUGGCCAGCUGUCCAGACACAAGGAGCUGUCUGUCGUUUCCUGGUAGAACAUGGAUCGAGUGUUGAAGCAAAAACUGGGAGUGGAGAGACUGUGUUACACUUAACCAUAAAACUUCUCCAAAAAGCCUUUUUCAAACGUAAUAGUGAAUUGAGAAAAGACAUUUCUGAGGUUGCCGUAGACCUACUGAAAUUAUUUGUUGACGCAUUCAAAAGAAAAGAAGUUUCUAUCAAUACCCAAGAUAACAAUGGAAACACGCCACUUCAUCUUUGGGCAAAGCUCAAAUUAGCACCAAGACAAAAUUACUCCAGUAAUAUUAGUGGAGGAUAUACCUUCCGAGGCCUUUUGAAAAUGAUUUUGGACCAUUUCAGAGAAACCAAAGAACUACUGCAUGUCAAAAAUGAAAAUGGGGAAACACCUCUACAUCUCUGCAGAACGUGGGCUGCUGUUGAACUUUUGCUGGAUGCUGGAGCGAACCCUAACGAUGUGGAUUCAUCAGGACGUCCGCCUCUUCUUGUUGCAGCUAAAUACACAAAAUCUUUCCCAAAUCUUGGGUAUUUUUACCAAGAUGUCCUACACCAGCCAAAAGAGUUUUGGAAAAUGGCGGUUUUCGAAAAAGGUCUUGAUCCGUGGACCGUUGAUAAACAUGGUGAAUCUGUGAUGAGUAUUCUGAUUGAAGCACGAUGCUUUGAUCUUGCAAAAGGCAUGAUUGAAUUUGCUUGCCAAGAUAUCAGCCUUGAUUCUGCUAACGAUAUCAUCUUAUCUCUUCUGUGUGCUGUAUGCAAAGACAAAUCAACACGCGCUCAUGAGAAAAUUAAUCUUGUUCAAAUCAUCUUAGGAUCACGAAAGUGUGUGGUGUUAGGAAAGAGAGGAGAAGAUUCGCCACUCCAUUUCUGUUGCAGGAAUAUCGUCAGAAAUUCGCAUGACGUUGACGAUGUUCACUGGACGAUUACUGAAAACCUUCUCUUGUACGAAGCAGACUAUAACAUUCUUGAUUCAACUGGUCAGUCCUGUUUGGACAUAGCAGAAGGAUGCCCUAAACUCAAAGAUAUUUUGCAGAAGCCCAUUGAUAUUGAAAAAGUUCCCUUACUGAUUAAAUCAUGGAAAUCUACUUCAAAGAUACACAAAGACAAACUGGCAAAAGUAGCACGAGGAAGGCAAAGCACAUAUUUCAGACCAUACUGGUACCACAAAGACUAUUUGGCCCGCGGAGGAUUUGGUGCUGUGUUUGCAGGAAUCAACGAAAAAGAUGGAAGAGAGGUGGCCAUCAAACGUAUUGAGAAGAUACGUAUGCAACGACCAGAAGACAAACGAGAAAUAAUAAAUCUCACUGCUCUUGCAGACUGCGAACAAGUUGUUCGUUAUUUGUUCUUCUUUGAAGACGAACACUUUUCUUACAUUGUCUUAGAACUGAUGGAAGGAAAUCUUGACCAGUUCCUUAAUACUACAAUAAAAAUGGAUAUUAAAGUCACACUCUGCCGAGAUAUAGUUCAAGGACUGAAAUUCCUACACGAUCAAGGCAUCGUUCAUCGAGAUCUCAAGCCAACAAACAUCCUUUAUAAAACUCAUCCUAAAAUAUGCUUGAAAAUUGCCGACUUUGGUCUCAGCCGUCGUAUGGAUAAUACUGGUUCUAGCACCUCGGUGUAUGGUUCUAAUGUUGGUACAAGAUGUUGGAUUGCUCCAGAAGUGCUAACUUCUACAAAAGGUCAUUCCAAGUCAUCUGAUGUGUUUGCCUGUGGUCUCGUUCUUCAUUACGUUUUGUCAAUGAAAACCCAUCCAUUUGCCCCCAGAAUAUGGGCACUACAACACGAGACUGAAGUCAACAUAGUGAAUGGCAAAAUGGAAGGAUGGAACGACUCUCUGCGCCCUGAAGCAGCUGAUCUCCUUAAAGGAAUGAUUGAUGGAGAUAAAAAUAAACGACCAUCUGCAGACAAGGCAUUGGAUCACCCUUUUUUCUGGUCAAAGAAAAAAAAGCUGGAACUUCUCAAUGCUGUUGGCAACCAAAAGGAAUUUGGAUUCCCACGUGUAAAAAGAAGUUUUCGUUUGACUGCAGUUGAGACUGACUUGGAGGCUAGCUUUGGUACCAUAGUCAAGUAUGUGGAUUGGAAUGACCCAGGUUAUGUAUACAUGCCCGUCAUUUACACCGAAAUGACAAAAAGAAGAACAUACAAAACGAACUCUGUAGUAGAGUUAAUACGUUUCAUACGAAAUGCUUAUGCACAUGUGACUGAAUUACCAAAGUCAAUUCAAGAUCUGUUGCUGAAAAAGUUUGUGUUCUUUGAAUAUUUUCCAAAUCUUUUGAUGGGAGUCUACGAGGCUGUAACCACUCAUGGAUGGGAUCAGACGAGAGAAGAGAUUAAACAAGUAUUAAGGGGAUGAUUUGGAGUUAACACAAGGAUCACAGAAUGAACUACCACAAGAACCGAACGAAAAAGUGAUAAUAUUAUUAAGACAAUAAACUAUAUAACACUGACUAUAAUGAAAGACUAGAUCAACGUCAGCUGAUACAAGAGACUAGUAUACAGAUAGAAUAGUGUUAAUAAUGUUAAGACAGGGAACCAUUAGACAAUCAACACUCACUAGAAUCAAAGCCUGUACAAGACUAGAUCAAGGUCAGCUGAUACAAGAGACCAGUAUACAGAUAGAAUAGUGUUAAUGAUGUUAAGACAAGGGUACCAUUAGACAA